AUGGAGUGGGCUUCUAAUAGGGCAUGGGCUUCUAUUGGAGAUGGGCUUCUAUUAGAGACAAUACGGUAUUUUCUUUUUAAGGGUCCUCUUUUCAUUCACACAACGAAAAAUUAUCCAACACAAGAUGCAACUGCUUUUCAUGUUCUUGGCCGUAUUUUCAGUGGAAUGAUUCACAUUGGUGAUGAAGUCAAAAUUCUUGGAGAAAAUUACAGCAUUCAAGAUGAGGAAGACUGUCGAGUUAUGACUGUUGGACGUCUGUGGAUCCCUGUUGCUAGAUAUGAUAUUGAAGUCGGCAGUAUUGGUGCUGGUUGCCUUGUUUUAAUGGAAGGGAUUGACCAGCCAAUAACUAAAACAUGCACAAUUGUUGAAAAAGAUUAUGAUCAAGAUGAGCUCUACAUCUUUCGCCCACUCAAAUUUAAUACGUGCUCUGUAGUGAAAUUGUCAAUUGAACCAAUUAAUCCAUCAGAAUUGCCAAAAAUGCUUGAUUCUCUUCGUAAAGUCAAUAAGUCCUAUCCGUUGUUGACUACGAGGGUUGAAGAAAGUGGUGAACAUGUUAUGUUAGGUACUGGAGAGCUCUUCAUGGAUUGUGUUAUGCACGAUAUACGUAAAGUAUUCUCUGAAAUUGAUAUUAAAGUCGCUGAUCCAGUUGUAUCAUUUUGUGAAACUGUUGUUGAAACAUCUUCACUUAAAUGUUUUGCACAAACUCCUAACCAAAAGAAUAAAAUUACAAUGAUUGCUGAACCAUUGGAAAAGGGAUUGGCUGAAGAUAUUGAAAAUGAGGUUGUCAAAAUUACAUGGAACAGAAAACAACUCGGAGACUUUUUCCAAACAAAGUAUGAAUGGGAUUUGCUUGCAUCCCGUUCUAUUUGGGCAUUUGGACCAGAAACGAAUGGACCGAACAUUCUUUUGGACGACACUUUACCUUCCGAAGUUGAUAAAGAAUUACUCAAAACUGUGCGCGAAUCGAUUAUUCAAGGAUUUCAAUGGGCAGCGAGAGAAGGACCUUUAUGUGAAGAACCUAUUCGAAAUGUCAAAUUCAAAAUGUUGGAUGCUCAUAUUGCUAAAGAACCGCUAUAUAGAGGUGGUGGACAAAUUAUUCCAACAUCACGAAGAUGUGCUUAUUCUGCGUUUUUAAUGGCAACACCUCGUUUAAUGGAGCCUUAUUAUUUUGUUGAAGUAAUUGCCCCAGCUGAUUGCGUUACUGCUAUUUAUACAGUUCUUUCAAAAAGAAGAGGACACGUAACUACAGAUGCCCCAAUUCCUGGUUCUCCUCUUUACACAAUUAAAGCAUUUAUUCCUGUUAUCGAUUCUUUUGGGUUUGAAACUGAUUUACGUACACAUACACAAGGACAAGCUUUUUGUUUAAGCGUUUUCAGUCAUUGGCAGAUCGUGCCAGGCGAUCCACUUGAUAAGAGUAUUAUUAUCCGUCCAUUGGAACUUCAACCGGCACCUCAUUUGGCACGCGAAUUUAUGAUUAAAACAAGACGAAGAAAAGGAUUGUCUGAAGAUGUUUCUGUCAAUAAAUUCUUCGAUGAUCCUAUGUUGGUGGAAUUGGCUAAACAACAGGAUCUUUUUAGCGGUUUUGGAGUUUAA